UGAUAUUUGGUUCCUUUUGUUGCGGUGGUUCUCACUUCCUUUCUCCUCUUCGACUCGUUUCUUCGAAGCAAACGGCGACGAACGCUCCUUUCUCUCGUCUUCUCUACCCCAUCCUCGUCGUGGCCUCCUGAACUACCUCUGCUCUAUCCUUUUCACCGCAGUUGGGUCUCUCUCGUGCCGUCUCCACAGGAACUUUAUUUAUCUAUUGGAAUCUUUGCGCUGAAAAUCGUUCGUUUCCCCGAAAAAGAUUUAGCGUCUACCGUAAAGAUGUUUGCAGGGGAGAGAGAGUUCAGAAGAUGGACAAAGAUGAAGGAACUGGUAGCCCUAGUUGGAGUGCCUCGUUAUUUAUGCAAAGAACAGAAGAUGUUGCUAAGGCUGUUGCUGCAGCUGCAGCUGCUGUUAGUUCACCCCGACCUUCUGUGGUAUAUUCAUCUAAAGAUGAAAGGGGUAGUCCGCUGCAAAAAUUUCAAUCCCAUGUCUCAAGAAUAAUGAAAAGCUUCUCUAGUUCGUCUGAAGUAAAAAGCGGAUCUUACAACCCUGAAAUUCUAACUAGUCAAAAACGUCAAUGGGCUAACUUUCAAUUGCAGUUACUGGAUCACAGGGUUUGGAAGGAGCCUUCAAAGCUUUUUGAAAGUAUGGUGGUUGUGGGACUUCCUCCUAGUUCUGAUGUUCGAGCACUUGAAAAUCUGUACUUCUCCAGGAAGGUUGAAGGCUCAGGUAGAUUUCGAACUGCAAUUAGUGGUCAGCACCAGUCUCGAAUAGAGCCUAACCUUGAGCCUCAGGUCCUGUUUGUUUACCCACCGGAAAAACAGCUGCCUCUUAAGUGCAAGGAUCUCCUUUCCUUUUGUUUUCCAGCAGGUAUAGAGGUGAAUGCUGUUGAGAGAACUCCAUCAAUGAGUGAGUUGAAUGAGAUACUCCUUGGACAGGAACACCUCAAACAGAGUGAUUUAUCCUUUGUCUUUCGGCUGCAGGUAGCUGAUGCGUCCACUCUUUAUGGUUGUUGUGUUUUGGUUGAGGAAAUGAUACAAAAGCCAUCCGGAUUAAUUUCGACAAUUUCAGAUGGCCAAACUCCUUGUGGCUUAAGUCGCCAUAUUUUAACUACGCGCCGUUGCUAUUGCAUUCUCACCCGGCUUCCAUUUUUUGAGCUGCAUUUUGCUGUGUUGAGUAGUAUCUUUGCAGAAGAAAGGUUUGAGCGAUUAAUAAAGCAAGUAAAUAAUUUGGAAUUUGAGUCACCUAUGGGCUUUGAUGUGGAAACAUUAGAAGAUAAUGAUGGUGAUUUACCCUCUGGGGAUGGGGGAGUUAGCAUGGAGAAUAAAUCAGUUGAAGUUUUUCAAUCUAUCCCCGAAAAUGGAAGCACCACUCAUGAUAUAUUUCAGUUGGAGGGUCCUGGUUUUAAUCAAGUUAGGCACUUGAAUGAAAAACAUGAUACUACUGUUCCCGACCUCAAACCUGAGGUAGAGAAGCCAUCUUCUUGGGAAGAACCUGCAGUUGAUUCUUCUCCUAGUGGUAGUUUUAUCAACAAACAACGAUCAGAGAGGCAAAUUUCACAACAUACAGUUCUGGCAGGACUACAGUGUGAGCAAUGCGAAAGCUCUGAGACUUCCUCCAGCUAUCAAGGUUCUUCAAGUGAAGACAGGCUUUUCGGAAGCAAUCUUGAAGAUGCUGAAACAGAAGAGGCAUCACCAUCUGGUCAAGAUAACUUCAGGGAACAAAGCGAUAUUUUGGAGUGGGCAAAGGCAAACAAACAUGGAUCCUUGCAAAUAAUUUGUGAAUACUAUAAAUUAUCUUGUCCACCACGUGGUUCGUCAAUCAAGUUCCAGCCUUUAGAUCAUCUACAUACACUGGAAUACCAUAGGCCUGAUGAAACUGUUCUACGCAUGGCUGGCUCAACCAUUGACUUGAGAUCCUGCAACACAAGUUUGGAACUAGCAGAGGCACUGAAUGCACUCAUGGUGGAAGAGGAGGCUGCUGCAUUAUCAGUAUGGUCCAUUGCUUGCUUGUGUGGGUCCCUUCGAUUGGAGCAUGUGUUGACGUUAUUUGCUGGAGCUCUACUGGAGAAACAAAUCAUGAUUGUUUGUUCAAAUUUGGGCACUUUGUCAGCCUUAGUUUUAUCAGUUAUCCCCCUGAUCCGACCUUAUCAGUGGCAGAGCUUGCUAAUGCCAGUUUUGCCCAAUGACAUGCUGGACUUUCUAGAUGCACCUGUUCCUUACAUAGUUGGAGUAAAAAACAAGACAGCUGAAGUGCAAUCAAAAUUAACAAAUGUUAUUCUAGUGGACGCGAACAGAAACCAGGUGAAAUCACCAUCUAUACCACAGCUUCCACAAUAUAGGGAGCUAUACUCAUCUCUUAGCCCUUACCAUGCGAAGCUGGUGGGAGAAAGUUUUUUAGGCAAGAAAAGACCUGUUUAUGAAUGUACUGAUGUCCAGGUUGAAGCUGCCAAAGGUUUUCUAGAAGUCCUGCGGUCUUACUUGGAUUCCCUAUGCUCUAACCUUCGUUCUCACACUAUUACAAAUGUCCAAUCAAAUGAUGAUAAGGUAUCAUUGCUGUUAAAAGAGAGUUUCAUCGAAUCAUUCCCCAGCCGCAACCAGCCAUUUAUGAAGCUUUUUGUGGACACACAGCUCUUCUCUGUACAUACGGAUUUCGUCCUCUCUUUCUUCCAGAAGGAAUAGCCAUCCAAAUCUCCCCGAAAAUAAUCUUCACCGGAAUGCAGGUACUUCACCCUCGCCUAUCAGUCGAAACCCUAUAUUAUUCUGGCUUGCUUAUCUCAAUACAAUGCGAUGCCUUUUUAACGUAUAUUUCUCCCCAACUAGCCGGCCAUAUAUCGAAUGCUCGGUGUAUUAUAUAUGUUCACCCUGGAAAAGACAAGAAACAAGAAAAUGAUAAUGUACAGCGGUGGCAAAUUGUGAAUGCAUCAUCAAUUAUCAUCUGUUGGUGAAUAUCCAAAUUGUACUUUUUGUCUUUC